UUGAAAAACUCAAACCGCAUCGAUCUUUUGGCUUUUUCGUUUUACCAUUCCUUAACUACCGUUAUUAAUCUUAGUCUAAUGUCUUGGAAAGAAAGAUUCUUCUAAUCUCUUUCAAGAAACUUCCUUUCCAUCCACAACCCAAUUUCAUAGAAACCUUCCUUUUUCAUCGGGUAGGCCCACACACAAAAGUCGGCAUUGAAAGCAGUAACUUGCGCCAGAAGAAAAAGAAAACCGUCGCACAGUUACGAAGAUCAGAAUCAGAAGAAGAACAAACGUGCUCUACUUUUGAAGAUAUUUCACUUUUGAAAAAGUAGUGAGACCAUUCAAUGGACAUGGAGCGAGGGAAUUCUCGAACCAUUUCGGCUACUACUUUUCAUGAUAUCGCAGUGGAUCUUGUUUGCCAGUAUCAGUUUGAAAAUGGGUCAUCUCAGGUUUUGUUUAUGGAUGUUGAUAACAAUCAAAAGAAUGGAGCUUUCCUUAACCAUGCACUAAGUUUCUCUGUUGAAAGCUUUGUUCAAACACUUGCUUCAUGCAAUGGCUUGAUCCUCUUAUCUGGUUAUGUCACUGAUCAACCUUGCUACUAUGUGGUAAAUCCUCUUACCAAAGAGUCUACCACGAUCCCUCAUCCUUGUAUUCAAGAAACUCUUAUUCGAGUUGGUUUAGCUUCCGAUGAUUAUAACCAGUUUAAGAUUGUCCUUGUCGAAGCAAAAUCUACUUCCAAAUUGAUGACCGGACUAGAGUUUCAUGUAUUUUCUUCUGAGACAAGCGAAUGGAGUACGGUAAAGGUAAACCAUUCUGUCAAUUUAAAUCUGCCUCCUUUGCCAGAGUUCGAGUUUAAGGAACUAUCUACUCAACCUCUUUAUUCAAAUGGUUCAGUCCAUUGGGAAAUUGGUGGAAAAUUAUUGGUGUUUCAUGUCAAAGAAAACAGCUGUGAACUAAUUGAACUGCCGGAUUUUUCCAAAGAUUGGCCAUGGCAAUCGACGAUGAUGUAUCGCCGAUGUUUGUGCAAAUCGAGCGGCUGUGUUUACUAUUGUUACACUGAUUUGGAUGGUUUCCACAUUUGGGAGCUUCUCAAGGAGAAUUAUGAUCUCGGGCUGUUUCGUGAUUCUGGAAAAUUUAGGUGGAAACUAGUCCAUACUGUCACACAUGAGAUUUUUACCUCUACGUGUGACGAAUUUCAUGACACAUUAUUGGAAUGGGAGCCGCUUACGCCUAUUGCGUAUACCAAACAAGCACAGACUAUAUACUUGCAGAUUCCAGGUGCUGUUGUUGGUUAUGAUUUUGUUACAGAAGAUUUGAGGUUAAUCUGUAGAUAUUCAUAUCCAGAUAUGAACUUCAACUGCUGCUCAUUUCUCUGUUCAACUAGUUUUGGGACUCAUAAUGUGCCUAGAGAAAGAGACUUGGUGACUGAUGGAGAAAUAAUGGAGCUGAAUUUACCAGUAAAAGAUAUUGAAUUGUUGUUUCUUUAGACUAAGUUUUGGUGAUUCUGUUGUCAAUAGAAUUCAUUUUAUGCUACUAGCUUUUUUCGCAUUAUAUUUGUUGAACAGUUGUGGAAACUUCUUUGGUACUUUAUGUCAUUAGACAGUAUCAUAUUUUUUUUUGAAAUGUUGAAAUAUUGCUUCUUUAAACUGUACAUUGCAGAUAAAUAAUUUCUACCUAAGAGGAUCAUAUUGUCCCUUUGUGUUUUUUGCAGCUGAUUGCUCUUUUUGACACUUCCUUUGAUCCAAUGUCUGAACCUUUUUAGAUUGCCUUGCACCGAAUUUUACACUAUCAUAGAAAUAUACUUGGAAAAGCAUACACUCCUUCUUGUUCCUCCUAGUGAAAUCUACUAACUCAUUUAGAACCAGGACUCCGUCAAACAUUUGCCUAUUAAGUAAGAACACUGAUUGAUUCACAGAAAUUAAGGAACCCAUAAGUUUGUUCAAUCUUGUUGCCAAAAGUUUAGAGAUUAUUCUAUAUAAGGAACCUAUGAGACAAAUAGGUCUAAACUCAGAAACUUCCUGAUGGUUGAGGGUUUUAGGGAUCAUAGCUAGAAAAUAUUAUGUGACGGCCAUUGGAAUCUUGUCAUUUUUAUGUAAUUCAUUCACAAAGUCCAAAAUGUCUUCCCUUAUAACUUCCCAACAUUUUUUAAAGAACCCCAUAUUAAAGCCAUCCGGGUCGGGGCUUU